UCCAUGUUCAUGCGGGGGAAGCGGAGAUCCUGUGCGCCUCGUUCGCUCGAGUGUGAUCUGAAUCAGGUUGAUGCAAGGAACCGACUACGCGAAUUACUUGUCGCGGGACCCAUCUUUACCACGUUCGGCUGCUUGUGACUUGUGGGGUUGGGGCGACGGUGCAUAUCAACGCAGGGCGUCCCCUUCGAUAAGUUUGAUGCAGAGAAUAAUUUCGUCGUCCUGCGUGUCAGCUGGCAACCGCGAUGACAACUGUUAGACCUGCUCCCUGUUGAGUAGAUGCCUUCCAUUCCCUACCGCCACGAAAAGUAGAGACAAACCUUCGACGUGUUCGCGUUACCGAGGGCUCUCCAAAAGUCGCUUUUGUAAGUGAGAUGGCUUCUGUGGCAAGAUCGAGCGACGAGGUCUAUUUCACCGCUUAUCGGAUCCCGUUCUCGGUGAUGGUGAAAUGGCCGAUUUCCCAGCUGGUCAACCCGCCAACAAGGCAUUGGUACGUGCCGUUCGCGGCGGUGCUCCAGGUUCUCGCGACUUCGGCCGUCGUUGCCAGGCUUUGGGUUCGGGUCCGCAUGCGCAUCGGUGGCUUCGGCGCAGACGACCUGUUCAUCAUAUUCGGUUGGGUAUGAUACCUCACCCUCGAUGCCGGUAUCAACCCGUCGCUGACCAAACGUCGCAGCUGUUUGCCUCUGGCUUCUGCGGCGUGAGCAUGUACGGCAUCCUCAUGGGCGGCCUCGACCGCCACGUGUGGGAUAUCUGGUCCGCCUUUCCUCAAGUCGCCGGCAGAGGCGGCGUCGCAGGUUGGGCUAUGCAGCUCAUCUUCCUUUGCAGCCUGAGCUGCACAAAGACGAGCGUUCUGCUCUUUUUCCUGCGCCUCCUGGAUCGCAGGUACCAUCGCAGACUGUACCGCACCACCAUCGGCGGAAUAGGAUUCAUCUUCGUCAGCUGGCUUGCCUUCACGCUUGUCCUCGUCUUCGACUGUGAACCGAUCGAAGCAGUGUACAAGAGCAUGGAUGUGACUUGGCCUAAGAAGUACACGUGCAUGCCAAGAGAGCCGUCUGACGUCCUGAAUGGGAUCACAAGUAUUUUCACCGACAUCUAUUCGUGCGUCAUACCCGCUCUCACGGUGCAUAAACUUCACAUGAAAAGCUCGCGCAAGGUCCUGCCCUACGCUGUGCUUUGCUGUGGAAUCGUUGUUGUCGGCGCAGGAGUAGGGAGGACUUUCUACAUGGCGAAGAUGUACACUGACAGCAGAAGAGACAUCUCGUGGGUCGGUUACGACUUGACGGUUUGGAGUAGUCUCGAGCUCUAUCUAGCACUCAUAUGUGCCUGCGCUCCAGGGAUAAAAUCCUUGGUCUCGUCUGUCAGCACUAAUAUGGGUUCGAAGCUGGAUUCGCAAGCGCACGGCAGUUGCUCAAAAUUUAAUGAAAGCAUAGGCGAGGAUAGAAAACGGCUCAAUUCGGAUGUGCAAGGUGUGGAAAAGUACGAGGACAUUCAGUUAGAGUAUAUUACACAAAAAUGCUGAUAUUACGACGAUGGCAAUUACGAUUCGAUCGUCUGCAUCUAGCGGAC